CAUUGAAAUUCUCCUCAUCUUGAGUGCAGCGAAACCAGGAAGAAAAGGAAAGUUUUAGUCUUGAGCAACUUCACUGCCUAGGAACAUUCUGAGCUUCUGAAAAUAGAGAGGAAAUGGGGCCCUCCGGGUCACUCCAGGCACCGCCCACCUCAGACCCAUGCCCGCCCCCACUGUCCACUCAAGGCCAGCCUCUCAUCGUGGGAGACCGCACUGUCUUCAGUGAAUGCUCACAGCAGAUGCCACGCAGUUCUGAAGCUGGAUACUGCUGUUUGUCCAGGGACUCCAAUAUGCCUGACAGCAGAGACGAUCAGCAGCAGGGUGCCAGCAUGGGGACCUCCCCAGACAACUCACAAACCAGCUCCUUAAUUGAUGGGCGGACACUCUCCAAAGAGUCUCCAAGUCAUGGUCUCGAGCUCUCAGCUCCAGAAAAGGCAAGAGCUGCCUCUUUGGAUGCUUCAGAGGAAGCACUAUGGACAACUCGGGCCGAUGGGAGAGUGCGCCUGCGCCUGGAACCCUUCUGUACGCAGCUUCCCUACACCGUGCACCAGAUGUUCUAUGAGGCCCUGGAUAAGUACGGGAACCUCAGUGCUCUGGGCUUCAAGCGCAAGGACAAGUGGGAGCGCAUCUCUUACUACCAGUACUACCUGAUUGCGCGCAAAGUAGCCAAAGGCUUCUUGAAGCUCGGCCUGGAGCGUGCUCACAGCGUGGCGAUCCUCGGCUUCAACUCUCCAGAAUGGUUUUUCUCUGCGGUGGGCACAGUGUUUGCAGGGGGCAUCGUCACCGGCAUUUACACCACCAGCUCCCCAGAGGCCUGCCAGUACAUUGCCCAUGACUGCCGAGCCAAUGUCAUAGUGGUUGACACACAGAAGCAGCUGGAAAAGAUCCUGAAGAUCUGGAAAGACUUGCCACAUCUAAAGGCAGUGGUGAUAUACCAAGAACCCCCUCCCAAGAAGAUGGCCAAUGUGUACACGAUGGAGGAACUCAUAGAACUGGGGCAAGAAGUGCCUGAGGAGGCCCUAGAUGCCAUCAUCGAUACCCAGCAGCCCAACCAGUGCUGUGUGCUCGUCUACACAUCAGGCACCACAGGAAACCCCAAGGGUGUGAUGCUGAGUCAAGACAAUGGGACCCUGGUGAACACACUGCGGGAGGUGGAGCCCACAUCCCACAUGGGAGUGCCCCGAGUAUGGGAGAAGAUCAUGGAACGGAUCCAGGAGGUGGCCGCUCAAUCUGGCUUCAUCCGCCGCAAGAUGCUGCUGUGGGCCAUGUCUGUCACCUUGGAGCAGAACCUCACCUGCCCUAGCAACGACCUGAAGCCCUUCACGAGCAGACUGGCGGAUUACCUAGUAUUAGCCAGGGUCCGUCAGGCUCUGGGCUUUGCCAAGUGUCAGAAAAACUUCUAUGGAGCAGCUCCCAUGACAGCAGAGACACAACGCUUCUUUCUGGGCCUCAACAUCCGCCUGUACGCAGGCUAUGGCCUCAGUGAGAGCACUGGCCCUCACUUCAUGUCCAGCCCCUACAACUAUCGGCUUUACAGCUCCGGCAGGGUGGUGCCCGGCUGUCGGGUGAAGCUGGUGAAUCAGGAUGCAGAUGGCAUUGGUGAGAUCUGUCUGUGGGGCCGCACCAUCUUCAUGGGUUAUCUGAACAUGGAGGACAAAACACAUGAGGCCAUUGAUUCUGAAGGCUGGCUACACACAGGUGACAUGGGCCGUCUGGAUGAUGACGGCUUCCUCUACAUCACCGGGCGCCUCAAAGAAUUAAUCAUCACUGCGGGCGGGGAGAAUGUGCCCCCGGUGCCCAUCGAGGAGGCUGUGAAGAUGGAGUUGCCCAUCAUCAGCAGCGCCAUGCUGAUUGGGGACCAGAGGAAGUUCCUGUCCAUGCUGCUAACACUGAAGUGCACACUGAACCCAGAAACGUCUGAGCCAACCGACAAUCUGACGGAGCAAGCUGUGGAGUUCUGCCAGAGGGUGGGCAGCAAGGCCAGCACCGUAUCCGAGAUCGUGGGGCAGAAAGACGAGGCUGUGUAUCAGGCCAUCCACGAAGGGAUCCAGAGGGUGAACGCGAACGCGGCAGCCCGGCCCUACCACAUCCAGAAGUGGGCCAUUCUCGAACGUGACUUCUCCAUUUCAGGUGGAGAACUGGGACCCACCAUGAAGUUGAAACGGCUCACGGUUCUGGAGAAGUACAAAGAUAUCAUUGAUUCCUUUUAUCAAGAGCAAAAACAGUAGUCAGGAGCCAUGCUUGUGGCUUCUGCUGAAGACCAGCCUGGCAAGCAUCCUCCACAGGAACCUGACAAACUGCUUUUACCCUUAGUUCAGGGCACAGCACUGACAUCUCCAAUGCCUUCACCUGCAAAUUGAUUCUAACCACUGCUCCUAUUCAGGUGUCCAAUGAGACCAUUCUCCUUCCCAGAGAAGGACUGCUCACUUUGGCCUCGGGUCCAGGCAGAUUUACAAGGUUCUAGUUCAUAGGUCUCCUAGGGCUGGCUGUUGGAGAGGGAAAGGGAUUGGCAGUCCCAUUACUAAUGUGUGCUGCAGAGACAGCAGUCACAGCUCGCCUAAUGGCCUGACUUUAAUUCUGGCUUCUUGGAAACUAGUAUCACUCUGCCACCUCACACACGAGAGAGAAGCUUGAUGCUUAAUAAUCUGCUGCUGCCGCUGUGACUGUAUUUAGUGUGUAAUUUUCAGUAUUAAACCUUUUAACAGAUCUGCAA